CGAGGUCGGCGGGACUUCCGUGUUGGCGGGAUUCUGAACGCUGCCAUGGCUCAGACCGUGCAGAACGUUACAUUGUCGCUCACUCUGCCCAUCACGUGCCACAUUUGCUUGGGGAAGGUACGCCAACCUGUCAUAUGCAUCAACAACCAUGUAUUUUGUUCCAUUUGUAUUGAUUUGUGGUUGAAGAAUAAUAGCCAGUGUCCAGCUUGCAGAGUCCCCAUCACUCCUGAAAAUCCUUGCAAAGAGAUUAUCGGAGGAACAAGUGAAAGUGAACCUAUGCUAAGCCAUACAGUCAGAAAGCACCUUCGGAAAACUAGACUUGAAUUACUCCACAAAGAAUAUGAGGAUGAAAUAGAUUGUCUACAAAAAGAGGUAGAAGAACUUAAGAGUAAAAAUCUCAGCUUGGAGUCACAGAUCAAGACCAUUCUGGAUCCUUUAACUUUGAUGCAAGGCAACCAAAGUGAAGACAAGCAUCCAAUUGCAGAUAAUCCAAGUAAAAUUGACCCAGAAACUGUAGCAGAGUGGAAGAAAAAACUCAGAACAGCCAAUGAAAUCUAUGAAAAAGUGAAAGAUGAUGUGGAUAAGUUAAAGGAGGCAAAUAAAAAAUUAAAAUUGGAAAAUGGUGGCCUGGUGAGGGAGAAUUUACGACUGAAGGCUGAAGUUGAUAACAGAUCACCCCAGAAGUUUGGAAGGUUUACAAUUGCUGCCCUUCAGUCCAAAGUAGAACAGUAUGAACGUGAAACCAGUCGCCUCAAGAAAGCCCUGGAACGAAGUGAUAAAUAUAUAGAGGAACUAGAAUCUCAAGUUGCUCAGCUAAAAGAUUCAAGUGAAGAGAAAGAAGUUAUGAAUUCCAUUUGCCAGAGAGCACUUUCUACAGAUAGCAAGGGGAACAAAGGCAGUGAGGAGGAAGUAGCAUCAGAGAACCAAGGUGACAGUACCAGCAAGCAGCCUGGUUCAUCCACUCCAAGUUCUUCCCACCUGAUAAAGCCUCCCAGCAGCAUACUCUCUGAUGCCAGUUCUGCCAGGAAGGAAUGCACCAGCAAAACAGAACCAGAUUGUUCAAAGAACAAAGACCUUUACCAAAAACGGGUAGAAAUAAUGUUGGAUGCGACAGAUACAAGUAUGGACACUUACUUGGAAAGAGAGUGGGGUAGUAAAACAAGUGAUUGUGUAUCCUACAAAGAUGAAGAACUUUUUGAUCUUCCAGCUCCUUGUACUCCUUUGUCCCUUAGUUGCCUUCAGCUCAGUACUCCAGAAAAUAGAGAAAGCUCUGUGGUCAAAGCUGGAGGUUUCAAAAAGCACUCAAAUCAUCUCAGAAAACUGGUGUUUGAUGAUUUUUGUGAUUCUCCGAAUGUUUGUAAUAAAGAUUUUUCAGAGGAUGAUAUAAGUAGAAGUGAAAAUGAAAAGAAAUCAGAAUGCUUUACUUCUUCCAAGACAGGGUUUUGGGAUUGUUGCUCUUCAAGCUAUGCCCAAAGUUUGGAUUUUGAAAGUACAGAGGGGAACACAAUGGCAAAUUCUGUUGGAGAAAUAUCUUCAAAAACAAAUGAGAAAUCAGGCUCAUGUUUAUCCAAGAGGUUGAAUUCUAUUCGCUCUUUUGAAAUGAAUCGGACAAGAACUUCCAGUGAAGCAUCAAUGGAUGCGGCUUAUCUUGACAAAAUCUCUGAGUUGGAUUCAAUGAUGUCGGAGUCGGACAAUAGCAAGAGCCCCUGUAAUAAUGGUUUUAAGUCAGUGGAUUUAGAUGGGUUGUCAAAGCCAUCUCAAGGCAGUGAAUUUCUUGAUGAACCUGAUAAGUUGGAGGAAAGAACUAAGCCAAACCUUUCCAAGGGUUCUCUAACUGCUGAUCAGUUAGAAAAUGGAAAUGAAUGGAAACCCAGUUCUUUUUUUCUCCUCUCUCCAUCUGAUCAAGAAAUGAGUGAAGAUUUUUCACUCCAUCCCAGUUCCAAUCCGGGAACUAAUGAAAUCAAACCCCCAAGAUGUUUGUUUCAGACGGAGUUUUCCCAGAGUGUUUUGUUAAGCAGUUCACACCAGCUAUUUGAAGAUCAAAGGUUUGGGUCAUCUUUGUUUAAGAUGUCCUCAGAGAUGCAUGGUCUUCAUAACCACCUUCAGUCUCCUUGGUCUACUUCCUUUGUGCCUGAAAAGAGGAAUAAAAAUGUGAAUCAGUCAACAAAAAGAAAAAUCCAGAGCAGCCUUUCCAAUGCCAGCCCAUCAAAAGCAACUAAAAGUUGACUCGUUAGAAAGAUAUCGUUUGUGUUUUUGUCCUGAGAGGAAUAUAGAGAUUUUUUUUAAGUUUUUUUUUCCCCCUCUCAGGAAAAGUUCUAUACAAUUUUGAUUUGAUAACCUUUGGUCAAGUGUCAAGUCAGUAUGGUGGAUUAACCUGUACUCAGAAUACUUUUGUCAUUUUGAAAGGAGUUUGGUUUUUUGACUGCAUUUUUGUUUGGGGAUCUUUUUGACCAGAGAUGGUAGGGAGAGAGUUUUGUUUUGUUUUGUUUUUAAUGAAUAUCAUGUUUGUCUGGGUUAGGUGUAUUUUGUUUUCUUGACUGUUGAUUUAACUGUUAGAUACAGUGGCCUGCCUAUUGAUGAGCCUCAGUCUCAGUUCUUUUCAGAACUUAGAUUUCUUAAAAUCUUUAGUGCUGUCUACACAACUGCCCACAAGACACGUGAGUUUCUUUAAAGCCUUUCCUAGGGUGGAAAUUAUUUUACCUAUCCCUUUUUAUUUAUGUUUAGUGAUGGCCUAAUUUUAUGCAAGGGCAUGAUGGAGAAAUAGCACUCUAACCCUAGCCCAGUAGUCAUUUACUUUGUUUUAUGUCAUAUGUAUAUGUUUGUAUUUUUUAACAUUGUGUUUUGUCAGUUUAUGUGAAAAUGUUCUGCUAGUAUGAAAGGACACAUUUUCUAUUUGAAAACAGUCAUUUUAUAUCAGCUAGGUUACAUAUGCUCAUCUUUUUUUGUGUGUACAGAAUAUCUGAAGUUGAGCCAUCUUUGGAAAGAAGACAUGGAGGAAUUGAGUUUAGAAGAACCUAAACAUGGUAGCUUCAAUGUUCUGGAUGUACAGCUGUGAAAGUACUCUUUCCAAGUUCUUUAUCCAUUGACAUCCCAGGGGAGCUUCUUUUGGAGUAAUGAAGUUGUUGUUUGCAUGUUACUGUUCUUUACAGGAACUCUGUAUGCAUGGGUAGCAUUCUUGCUUGCUCUGUUCUCCAUAUUAAGAAAAAUAAGUUUCAGUUGGCUAAUAGAGUAUCUUUUACGUAGGGCAAAUUCUUUUUUUUUCCCAUGAAGAGUGUUGAGGAAGCAAUGAUAGGUAAGAGCUAAGCACAAUUUUUAAUUUAGGCUCUAAGAAAAGUAUAUUAUUAUUCCAAACAUGUUUGGUAUGCCUGUGUAGGCCUUUAAAAAUGGUUCUGUAUGCUAAUAACUUGUUUAUCUGAUGUUCACUGAACAUUUUACAUUAAUACUGCAUGCUUUUUUAUGUGAAUUGAAUAAAAGAUGUCAUAAGCACUGUAAUCGUUGAAGUAGUCUCAGAUUUUGAAUUAAUUCAGUGUAUAAAGACCAGGACAAAUCUGGCCUGCCACCUGUUUUUGUAAGGUCUGCAAGUUAAAAGUGGUUUUUACAUUUUUAAAUGGUUGAAAAUAGUCAAGAAGAUUUCUUGACGUGAAAAUUAUAUGAAAUUGAAGUUUUAAUGUCUCUAAAUAAAGUCGUGU